GGACGGCCGGGGCAGGGGCCGAGGCCGCCCGGCGCUGGCGGCGGGGGGCGGCGGGGGCCCGGGGCGGCGCGGUGCCGCCGGGGCCCGGCGCAUGGCGGCGGCGGCGGCGGCGGGGGGCAUCGCCACUCUGCCCGACGACGGUGGCAGCGGCGCCUUUCCCCCGGGGCACUUCAAGGACCCCAAGCGCCUGUACUGUAAAAACGGCGGCUUCUUCCUGCGCAUCAACCCCGACGGGAAGGUGGACGGCGUCCGCGAGAAGAGCGACCCGCACAUCAAGCUGCAGCUCCAGGCAGAGGAACGAGGCGUGGUGUCCAUCAAAGGUGUCAGUGCCAAUCGCUUCCUGGCCAUGAAGGAGGAUGGCAGAUUGCUGGCCUUGAAAUACGCAACAGAAGAAUGUUUCUUUUUUGAGCGUUUGGAAUCCAAUAACUACAACACUUACCGGUCACGGAAAUACUCGGAUUGGUACGUGGCACUAAAAAGAACUGGACAGUACAAACCUGGACCAAAAACUGGACCUGGACAGAAAGCUAUUCUUUUCCUUCCCAUGUCUGCUAAAAGCUGACUUC